AUGGCUGGCAUCGAUCCGGCGACCGGAAAGGUCUCCAAGACCACCCUCAACCUCGGCAACCUGCCUCCCCGCAAGCAGUCCGUGGCACCUGUGGCCUUCCCGCGUACGCCGACUCGCGUCAACCCAAACCAGCCUCCUUGGCCCGCGUUCCGUGGCUACCAUGAGUACUCGUUCGCCCACGCCGUCAUGGGUGUCCGUCUGCCCACGAUCCUCGCCAAGGCCAUCCAGGAUGUCUACCUUACCAUGAACGCAGAGUAUGAGGAGGAGCGGAUCACCGAUCUCCUCAAGUGUGUCGAGCGUAUGGAGAAGCUCAUGGACGACCUCCAGGGCAACGCUAAGCUCCGCACCAUCAUUGACGAUGGUGCCGGUGACGUUGCGCUUUGGAACAAGGAAAUCUCCAAGUACUUCAAGGGCAAGGACUUCAUGAACGCGCCGUGGCUCUUUGCCGAGGCAUACAAGUACCGUCGUCUCCGCGAGUGCUUCUCGCUCAGCAAGUUCUGGGUGGAGUACGAUGUCUUCUUCCGCCAGAAGUGCGACACCUUCAGCCGUUCGGCAACAGCCGUCUUCGAGCUCGCCUCCCGCUUCGCUGAGCCAACAAUCCUUGACAUGAACCUCACUCCGGAGGAGAAGCGUACCAAGGACAAGCUUGUGUUCCACGAGCUCGCCCAGAUCUGCCUGUGGGGUAACUCGACUGACCUGUCGCUCCUGAUUGACAUGACUGAGGACGACAUUAAGGCGCUCCAGUCGACUGGUGGUGACCACCUCGCUGCUACCGAGAAGAAUAUUCUUGGCAACGACCUCAAGGUCCUUGGUGACCUCGUCACAGGCAUGAGCGGCGGUCGCAUCGACUUCAUCCUCGACAACGCCGGUUUCGAGCUCUACACUGACCUCGUCUUCGCUGACUGGCUCAUUCAGUCGGGCAUCUGCCGCGAGGUGCACUUCCACGGCAAGAUUCUCCCCUGGUUCGUCAGUGACGUCCGCCGUCAGGACUGGAACUGGAUCCUCAACCAGUGUGUCUACGGCCACCUCUUCCAGUCCGAGGACCAGAAGAACGACGUCAGCGAGGACGACAUUGCUCACCUCCGGACCCUCGGCAUGCGCUGGAAGCAGUUCGAGCAGGAGGGCAAGUUCCAGUACCACCAGCACCCGUUCUGGUGCACGGGCUUCACCUUCUGGCACCUCCACUCGGAGGCCCCUGAUCUCUGGGACACGCUCUGCGAGUCGGACCUCGUCAUCUUCAAGGGUGACCUCAACCACCGCAAGCUCACUUACGACUGCCACGCGCCGCCCUCGACGCCGUUCGCGCAGGCCAUCGGCCCCCUCGCCAGCGAGCCUGGCGCGCCGCCCAUCUGCUCGCUUCGUACCAUCAAGUCAGACGUCGUCGUCGGCCUGCCGGAGGGCGUUGCCGAGCGCCUCGACGAGACUGAGACAGAGAACUGGAAGAUCUCGGGCAAGUACGCCGUUGUUCUUCUGUCGCCCGGCGACAGGGGAGUCAAGAUCUAA